AUGGCUUUGUCCCUAGAAGAACGAGAACUGUUUGACGCCAUUCUAAUCAAUCGAGAAGGUGCUUUAGCUUUUGAUUGGACACAUGCUAGCAAGAUUCACGAGGAUGUUACCCCUCCGAUACUCAUCAAGACGAUACCUCAUGAUGCCUGGCAGGAGAAGAACUUCCCUUAUCCUCGAGCACUUAUUCCUACUGUCACGAAGAUGUUACUCGAGCGACUAGGACGAGGAGUUUUAGAG